UGUAUUUUUUCCAAUAAAAUGUUGAACAAUAAACUUAAAUAUUUAUGGAUAAUCUUGACGUUAAGUUUAAUUUUGGUGCUGCUUACGAUAUUCAUUGCAGCGAUGAUCAUUAAAAUUGGUCCGAGUAAUUUUAUUGAUAAAUGUUUGGAACUUUUGGAAUCUAAAAGAGAAACCUGGGUAAUUUUGGUUGCUGGUUCAAAAGGCUGGUAUAAUUACAGACAUCAGGCUGAUGUUGCUCAUGCUUACCAAAUAUUAUUAAAUAAUGGUUUGCGGACUGACCAUAUAAUUGUGAUGAUGACAGAUGAUGUGGCCUAUGAUAUCGAAAAUCCGUUUCCAGGACAGCUGUUCAACAGUCCUACUGGUUCAAAUGUACAUCAAGGUCUACGAGUUGACUAUAAUGGUGAAGAUGUAAAUAGUGACAAUUUUUUGCAUGUUUUAACUGGAAACAAGAUAGCUAUGCAAAAUAUUGGUUCAGGUCGUGUAAUUGAAAGUAAAGAAAGAGAUAAUAUUUUUGUGAAUUUCGUCGGUCAUGGAUCUUCGGGUAUAUUAGCGUUUCCUAAAGAUUACCUAUACGCAGACGAACUAAACAUUACAUUAAAUUCUAUGUAUAAAAGUGGCAAAUUUCACAGAAUGCUUUUGUAUGUAGAAGCGUGUAAAGCUGGUUCUUUAUUCGAUGGUAUUCUGAGUGAAUCCAGUAACAUAUUUGCUGUCACUGCAGCCGGACCUAGGGAAAGUUCAUGGUCAAUAUAUUGCAGUGGUGAUGAUGACAACGAAACAUCUAUUAUAUGUUUAGGCGAUGAAUUCAGUGUUACGUGGAUCGAAGAUCAAGAUAAUGUGAAGAUCGGUGUAUUUUAUCCGGGGCAAGUAAAUGAAUUUUUCGAAACAAGAACCGUUCUAAAUCAUUUUAACCAUGUAAGGAAUUUAGUAAAAUUAAGUAAUGUUAUGCCAUAUGGAGAUUUUAAUGUUGGUCAGGAUAAACUGUCCUCAUAUAUUGGAAAACCAUCCGGAGUAUUUUCAACAAAUUUUAAUCACUAUAACACUCAAUCUUCAACAAAAAAUAAUAACACAAAUGAAAAAGAAAAAAAUUUAAAAAAUUCAACUAAAUUAUAUCAGCUUAGUAAAAAUCGCAUCGGAGUGAAUAAUACUAUGAACAAACGGAAACAAUACUCUGAAAAUAAUAAAAUUAUGAAAAACAUUAUGGAUCAAAUAUUUGAUGCAAUUCUUCAAGGUGUAAUAAAACGAUGGCCAGGAUUUAUUGGCAAUAUUAAUGAAUUAAAAAAGCUUCCUCGAAAUUUGCCACUGAAUGUAUUUCCAUGUUAUAGAAGAAAUUUGGAUCUCAUCAAUGAAAACUGCUUUUCAUUACCUAAGAAUUUAUACGCACUCAACGCAAUCCAUAUAUUUUUCAAUCUAUGUACAAGAGUUAUAGACAGUAAUGAAUGGACUCAAGUACAGUUCGAUGUGACGUUCAAUGAAGUUGUACUCAAUGUCUGUUCGAAAAAUUCAACAUUUUCAAAUUUACUUAAAAUGACCAAUAUUUAUUGAUUUACAUUUUGUUUGUUAUAUAGUUAUUAUUGAGUUACUACAAUUCAAAAUAAUAAUGUUUGAUAAUUGUACACGUUUAUGUUAAGCACCUACAUAUAUUUAUUUUUAAUUAUAAGUGUGCCAAUAAAUUGCCUUUUUCUAGUAGGUGUUCUAUUAUUGACUUUAAAAUAAUAGUGCUUAGUAAAAUAUUCUGUAAUAUAAAGUUCUGAACUUAUGACUAACACUUUUACAUUAGAUACAUAUUUUAUGGAAUUAAUUUGAUCUUUUUAUAACACCCCGUUUUUAACAAUAAAAUGUAAUAAUUAUUGUUACAAUAUAGUUUCAUAUGUAACUGUAGAAGAUAAAUUUAGGAUAUCAGUUAAAUAAAAACGACCAUUUGGGUCUGUGCAUUUUAUACUGACGUUUAAAACUAUAUUUACAAUGAAAUAUAUGAGGAUUACGUUCGUUACCUAUUCAAUAUAAAUGUUGAAUUGUUUUAAUUUUAAUUUUCUUUUAAUGUACUCAGGGGCAGAUUGGCCCACUGUGCUACUGUUCCACAGCACAGUAGGCCGCGGCCGUGGAAAUUUUUUUUACUAAGAUUGCAGAAUAGUGAACAAAUUAUCUGUUUAUAGCAUCUUGGUACCUAAUUAUAUUUUUUAAAUGAU